UUUGUCUUCCUGCUCGACAUUCGUAGGUAUUAGGCUGCGUGGAGGGAAGACGCUUUGGCAGAGAGGAAGGCCAUGGGGUCUAGUUGGUUGUGGUAGUCGCAUGCUGCUACAUGUGAACCAUUGACACAGACCUUCUCCUCACCGGUAAAAGAUUGGCUUGUAAGGUUGGCUUGUGUUGAUAAGAUCAUGGCUUCUGGCAUUCAGCUGGUGCCAGGAUGGGGUCCUGGGGCGCUGUUCAGCCUGUGUCCUGGCUGCAGGAGGACUGGCACCGCUUCCCGAGCUUCCAACUUGCGUCAUUCUGCAAGCAGAAAAUUGAAUGGCGAGUCGCACAAUCUCUUUGCAAGAGGAGGCGGGGCAGUGCAGAAUGCUGGAAGGAGGAUACCAGCUGCAGGUCGAGUGAUUCGAUUCUCACAACCGUUGGAUGUAAGAGCUGGUUUUGUGCCUGGCAGCCCGCCGUUGGGGCUUUCUGAAAACCGCAUCGAUGGACAAAGUGUUGAAGUGAGAUUGAGAUUUGGAUCAAGCACGCAGCGAGCUAGAAGAGGUAGGGCAGCCGCGAUCGCUUUUCUAAAACCAGGGUCGUCAAGUAACCACCCUGAGAACCAGCUUGGUGCCGCCUCCGAGCUAGAACAGGGUGAGCUGCCAGAAUCAACGGGCCCGGGAUUGCAGCACGAUCAAAGCUCCAGUUUUCAUGAUCAAAGGCCAAGUUCUUUUCAAAAAGCGGGGGACACUUCCGUGCGCGUCUCGCGAGAUGGCCGGGGCAGAGCAAAGCCCGUGGUCCAGGCACCGCCGCAGAAUCGCGUAUGGCGUCGGGGGGGGUUCCUACCCCCCCUGUUCAAACACUCACGGGCACCCCCCUGGAGCCGAAACCACUGAGCAGGACCUGUGUUGUGGUCAGCAACCUGCCCCCAGAGACUGCCCAAGCUGAAGUCGAGUCGUUGUUUGAUGCGUUUGGGCCCCUUCAAUCCGUGGAACUCUCAAAAGCUGGGAAAGGCAAACUAGGUGCGGUGGUCCGAUAUCUGGAGCCCUGGGCAACCGAAAGUGCCGCGAAAGCGGUUCUUAAGGGCAACGGAUUUAUAUGGCAAAAUCACCGUUUGAGGGUCUCUUUUGAAGGGGCGCAAGGGGGGGGCGUAGCGGAGAAUGGGGCGGGGGUCGCAGGCAGUGCCGGAAGAGAGUCCAGCAAAGAUGUUGUUUCAAACGAUAGUGGGGUUUCAGACACGAGCGGACUGUGGAAGAGAAGUGAGGUUGCGAAUGGAACUGGGGCUUUGAACGGAAGCAGGGUCUCGGACCAUAAUGAGUCUUCGGAUCAGUGCACGACUUCAGAAAGGUCUCCGGUUGCAAUGUCGAAGGAAGAGUCUGAUGCUUUGGGAGCGCUUGAGGGGGCAGUUCGGAAACGUCUGCGCGAUGCCGCGAUGCACAGGCCGCCGGACGUCCGAAAAGUGGAGCACCUCUUUGCGCAGCUGCUGGAGCCUACGGAGCCAGACUACGCAUCGCUGCUCAGGGCCUACGCGCAAGCGGCCGAGAAGCACAAGGCGCGGGCGACGUUCGAGCAUAUGUGCGACAAGGGCAUCCGCCCUUCCCGGCUCUCUUACCACAAUCUACUUCAAGCGUACUGCAAUAGCGGCGCCAUCCAGAGUGCCACGUCGCUCCUGGCCGAGAUGGAGGCCAAUGGCGUGCCGCCAGAUGGCGUCACCUACAGCUUCCUCGUGCUCUAUUACGCGCGAGCCAAAAACCGCCGGCAAGUCUUGGAGGUCUUUGACACCAUUCGGAAGUUGGGGCUGAGCGUGCCGCCCAAUGUGUACAGCGCAGCAAUCAACGCACACAUUCAGACCAAGCAGAUGCGCGCCGCGACCGCGCUUUUCAAGAGCAUGGAAGGCGAGGGGAUGCGGAUUCCGCUCGGUGCCUACAACGCCAUUUUAGACGGGUACGCAUCGGCGGGGGACGAGGCGGGGGCGCUGCACGUCUUUAGAAAAGUCAAGGCGGCGGGUCUUGAGCCGUCGGUGAUCACGUUCGGCGGCCUGAUCAAGCUGUACACGCGCAAGGCCGCAAUGGCGAGCGCGGCGCGCGUGGUGGCGGAGAUGCGCGCGCGCGGGAUCGCGCACAGCAAGCAGACGCACAGCAUGCUCAUCUCGGGGCACGCGGCCGCGGGCGACGUCGAGGCGGCAUAUGCCGCCUUCCAGGACAUGGCGCGCUCCAAGAACCGGCCUGACGUCAUCGCUUACACGGCAAUCAUCACGUGCUUCGCUCGGGCGGGGCAGAUGGAUCGCGCAUACGAUAUGCUCCGUGCCAUGGAGCGGGAGGGGCAGCGCCCUAAUACGUAUACGUAUACGUCGCUGAUCGAUGGAUGGGCGCGGCAGGGGGACCUGCCCAAGGCGAUGGAAGCGAUCCGAGCGAUGCGCGCCUCUGGCACGCUGCCGACGGUCGCCACCUUCACGUGCGUUGUUUCGGCCCUUGCGAAGACCGGCCAGAUGACCAAGGCAGUGCGAGUUAUCGACGAGAUGCGGAAGCUGAACGUGGCGCCCGAUACGGGCCUCUACGUGGCGCUCAUAAGCGGGUACGCCAACAUAGGCGAUGUGCUCAACGCGUUCGAGGUGUUCAACCGAGUCAAGGCGGAGGGCUUGCCGAUGGACAAGCGGCUGUACAGCACGCUGCUCAACGCAUGCGCCAAGGUCGGGCGCAUGCAGAGCGCGGUGGCGGUCGUCGGCGAGAUGCGCGCGCGCGGGAUCGAGGCUGACGUCAUCACGUACAACACGCUGCUGGACGGGUGGGCCAAGCGGGGCGACGUCUGGGAGGCCGCUGACGUCAUCGAGCAGAUGCAGGCGGCGGGCGUGGCGCCGGACACGACGUCCUUCUGCCUGCUUAUAUACGCGUGCAUGAAGGCAUCCGACAUGAACAAGGCCCUAACAGUUCUGGACGAGAUGGAACGUCUUGGGCUCAAGCCGACGCUCGAGAUAUACAGCGUUCUUAUCGAAGGCUGGUGUCAAGCGGGCCAGCCGGAGCGCGCCCUCUCCGUGUUCGCCCACUUGAAGCGCGAGGGCCUGACGCCCGACUACCCCGCGUACCACUGCCUCAUGUCGGGCCUCCUCUCGAGCGGUGAAGUCAGCCACGUGGUGGAUGACGUCAUCGCGCUGGCUGCCGAGAUGCGGGACCGUGGGUACGAGGCCGACCAGUCGACGGCGCGGUUCUGGAAGACGCAGCUGAGAACCUGCGAGCGUCAGCUCUCCGGCCCGAAUUUUGCCUCGCUCGCCGCCGCCGUCGGGGACCUAUUCCCAUCGUCGUCGAAAACAGCGACGGAGCGGGAUCUGCAGUUGGACCUGCUGGAGGAGGCUGAUGUCAGCCAGGUGGGCGACCGUAACGGAAGGGCAGUACGGCCGGGAAAUCCGGAAGGGGUUCAGACAGUCGAAGUAGGGCGAGGGCAAAGGGUAGAGCGCGAGAUGGGAGGGUUUGGGGGUUUAGAGAGUGCUCGGGCAAGCGGAUCGUUUGGUUCGAAUAGGCUGGAGGACUUCGAACGGGUUGGGCGAGUAUCGGUGUCUCGAGGGGACACCGGAUAUCGCAGGGGUCCUGCAAACGUGCAGCCCACAAGAAGAAAGGGGGCGGAAUCCGCGGGUUUCGAGGAUUCCGGCAGAUUCAGGAGAGCGGAAGACGAGCCGAGAAAGGGGGCGUGGCGCCACGCAAAGCAGCGGCGCAUGCUGGAGGCCAGCAAGGAGCUGGAAGCGGAAUACUCAAAGAGCCGGCGGGAAGAGAUGCUGACGUUCCUUACCCACACGGAGCGGGAGAGUUUGGGGGCGGGUUACGAACGGAUCGACCCUGCUACUCGGAUACCGAGGGACAGGGCCGAUGGUGAUGGGGACUCACUCUGAGUGUCAGAUUGGUUAACUUCGAAAUUGAGCACCUGUCGAUCGUUGCUGUGUAGCUUUCGGGUGCACGCGUUGAAGUUGAUUGUGCAACAAAAUGCUAUACAAAUAAUACGGGUCCCCUGCUACAUGAAAGGAUCUGUUUAUGACCGCAUGGUUAUCGAAUACUUCGAAGCGAG